UCUAUCUGUAUAUUUCCUUCUUCUUCUUUUUUUGGAAAGAGUUCCCGUUGGCCACCUUCCCUCGCUCAGCCCAGGAAGCACCAUGAGUCUCCCUGAAGAUGCAGUGAAGGAAAAAUUGCUCUGGAAUGUGAAAAAGGAGGUGAAGCAGAUCAUGGAAGAAGCCGUCACCCGGAAGUUUGUGCACGAAGACAGCAGCCAUGUCAUUGCAUUGUGCGGGGUGGUGGAAGCUUGCCUCCUGCACAUGCUCAAGAGACGGGCAGCUGGCUUCCUGCGGACUGACAAGAUCGCCGCCCUCUUCACCAAGGUCGGCAAGACGUACGACGUUGCCAGCGACGUGUGCAGGAAAGCCCAGGAGCUGCUGCAGCAGGUAGAAGGCAGCAGGAAGAGUCAGCCGGCUGGCCAGGAAUCCCUCAAGAGGCAGACGUCCACCACAAGCAAAGCCCCUGCCCUGACCCCACAAGCCGUCAAGCACAUCUGGGUUCGUACCGCUCUGAUCGAAAGGGUGCUGGACAAGAUUGUGCAGUAUGUGGUGGACAACUGCAGCAAAUAUUACGAGAAAGAAGCUCUGCUGGCAGAUCCGGUCUGUGGGCCCAUCUUGGCUUGCCUGCUGGUUGGACCCUGUGCCCUGGAAUACACCAAGCUGAAAACAGCCGACCACUUCUGGACAGACCCCUCGGCCGACGAACUGGUCCAACGGCAUCGCAUCCACGGAGCCCACGGCCGGCAAGACUCUCCGUCCAAACGGCCAGCGUUAGGAAUACGGAAACGCCACUCCAGCGGAAGCAUGUCGGAGGAUCGCUUUGCUGCCUCGGCUAGAGAUUACGUCGAGUCGUUGCACCAGAAUUCCCGGACGCACUUGCUGUAUGGAAAGAACAACGUCCUGGUUCAGCCCAAAGAUGACAUGGAGGCCAUCCCAGGCUACCUCUCUCUCCACCAGUCGGCCGAUUCCCUCACUCUGAAAUGGACGCCGAAUCAGCUCAUGAACGGGACGCUGGGGGACACGGAGCUUGAGAAAAGCAUCUACUGGGACUAUGCCUUGAUUGUGCCAUUUAGCCAAAUCGUGUGCAUCCACUGCCAUCAGCAACCAGAGCGAGGGGGGACGUUGGUUCUGGUGAGCCAAGAUGGCAUCCAACGGCCCCCGCUUCACUUCCCGCCUGGUGGACACCUCCUUGCCUUCCUUUCUUGCCUUGAAAACGGCCUUCUGCCCCGUGGACAGUUGGAGCCUCCACUGUGGUCCCAGCAGGGAAAGGGCAAAGUGUUCCCCAUUCUCCGGAAACGGAACACCUACAACAGGUCUGUGGAUCUGGAAGAAAUGCCGGCAGCUAUGGAGAUGGCUACAGAUUACGUCUUCAGGAUCAUUUACCCAGGCCAUAGGCACGAAAACAUAACUAUUAACUACCACCACUUAGCUGCCAGCCGCUCUGCCUCCGUCGACGAUGACGAGGACGACGAAGACAAGCUGCACUCAAUGCUAUCCAUGAUCUGCAAUCGGAACCUCACAGAUCCUAAAAGGAUGAAAGACAUCGGCGACACGUCAGAGAUGCAGGGGUUUGGGGCCAGCUUGUUGUCGUGGCAGCUGGACCCGUGCAGCCAGGGGUCCUCCUGCCUCUCGUGCUCCACCGGCAGCUCCCCUUACGACGUUCCCAGCUGCUGCACCUGCAUCCACGACAGGACCCCUCUAAAAAUGUUGUGCCAAAGCAUGAAGAAACAGAUUAUUUCUAGAGCCUUCUAUGGAUGGCUCGCCUACUGCCGCCACCUGUCCACCGUCCGGACACACCUGUCUGCCCUGGUAAGCCACACCAUCAUCCCUCCGGACAAACCCACGAGUGCCGCGGGGGGCCUGACAAAAGAGGUCUGGAGCAAAUAUCAGAAGGACAAGAAGAAUUACAAGGAGUUGGAGCUCCUCCGGCGAGUUUACUAUGGUGGGGUCCAGCACGACAUUCGGAAGGAGGUGUGGCCGUUCUUGCUGGGACACUACAAGUUUGGCAUGACCAAGAAAGAGAUGGGCCGGGUUGACGAGGAAAUUGCGCUCAGGUAUCAGAAAGUGAUGGCCGAGUGGAAAGCCUGCGAGGUGAUUGUGAAGCUUCGGGAGAAGGAGUCUCAAACGGCCACCAAAUUCUCCUCUGGCAGCAGCAUAGAUAGCCAUGUCCAGCGGUUGCUCCACAGGGACUCCACCAUCAGCAACGAUGUGUUUGUAUCCGUCGAUGAAAUGGACUCGGUUGAGCGAGACCUGAAGGUUCAGGAAGACCCAUCUUUGACCGGGGGCUGCAGCGAUGCGCCAACAGUCAUUGUGGCCGUGGAGCAGCAGCAGCAGUCGGUAGAAUUUGACUCCCCUGACUCCGGGCUCCCGUCCUCCCGGAAUUACUCCGUCACGUCAGGCAUCCUGUCCAGCAUCGAUGAUGGGCAGAGCGUCUGCUUUGAGGACGCGGCUGAGGAGGAAGCUGGCUCCGAUCCGCAGAGGCAAGAUUCCAGUCAGGAUCCUCAGGCCAAGGGCUCAGAACCCCAGGAGUUAGUAACCGAGGAACAGCUCUGUUCCCAGAUGGACUGUAAGGAACCUGCAGAGGAGGCCAUAUCUGUGUGUUCUGCGUCUUAUACGAUAGAAAUGUUGGACACUGUUGCCUUAAACUUGCACAGAAUCGAUAAAGAUGUACAGAGGUGUGAUCGGAAUUAUUGGUAUUUCACUGCUGAGAACCUGGAGAAACUACGGAACAUUAUGUGCAGUUACGUUUGGGAACAUUUAGACGUUGGCUACGUCCAAGGAAUGUGUGACCUCCUGGCUCCACUCAUGGUUAUACUCGACAAAGACGAGUUGGCUUACAGUUGCUUCACCCAUCUCAUGAAGAGAAUGAGUCAAAAUUUCCCUAACGGAGGUGCCAUGGACACACAUUUUGCAAACAUGAGGUCCCUGAUCCAGAUUCUGGAUUCCGAACUCUUCGAACUGAUGCACCAGAACGGGGAUUACACUCACUUCUACUUUUGCUACCGCUGGUUCCUGCUGGAUUUUAAGAGAGAAUUGUUGUACGAGGAUGUUUUUACAGUGUGGGAAGUUAUUUGGGCAGCAAAGCACAUCUCUUCAGAACAUUUUGUCCUUUUCAUUGCCUUAGCACUGGUAGAGGCCUACCGAGAGAUUAUCCGCGAUAACAACAUGGACUUUACUGAUAUCAUCAAGUUUUUUAAUGAAAUGGCAGAGCACCACAACGCGCAGGAGAUCCUGAAGAUCGCGAGAGAUCUGGUCUGCAAAGUGCAAACGCUGAUCGAGAACAAGUGAGCGCAGGCGCAGAGGAGGAACGAGAGGGUUUGCCCGAGGCGAUGGCAGCAGCAGCUGCAACCUUGCCUGCACCUUUUAGGGGGAGGAAGGGGGAACGAGAAUUUGCCUGCACUUGUCACUUCAAUUAAUGGUUUACUGGCAUCUUCUUCCAUGUAAUAAUGUUUGUAAAUACCUGAGAGAGUUCUUUCCAGGAGAAGAAAAAGCACACAGGAAAAACAAGGUGGCUUCCCACCAGGAGUUGAGGUUGUGUGUUGGUGUGUGCGCGCACACACACACACAAGAGUCUUUACUGCAGACUCUGUAUUUCAGGGCCAAAAAAAUAUUUGUGUCUUUCAUUUCUCCAGUUCGUUGCGUUAAUUGAGUUUCCCAGCACAGGGAUGGUCAAAUGGUGGCGAGCAUGGGCAGAAGGGAGACUGAUGUGCGUGCCCCCCACUGUAAUGUGCGCAAAGCCUUGUCCGUCUUCGAACCCACCUACCCACUUUGCAGGAGAUCCUUCCCGACGCCCCACCUUCUCGCCAGUAUUUCAAGAGCAUCUCCCUGUUCUAAGCGAGCAGCAUCUAUGACAAGCUGCGCCAAAUUCUGUGACGAGAUCGGGCAUAGACCGAGGCAGGGCAUCCUUCUGAGGUUGCGUAUAGGCCAAGGACUCUGUGCUGGAAAACGAGCCUGUGUGUCUCUGAAGCGUGUCUGCAAACUGGAGGGCCCCAUCUCCCCCCAGCAUUUGCGGCACGGCGGAAGCUCUGUGGAAGUUAAGUGCCAAAAAACAGGCUUCCUUCUACUUACGUCACCCCUGUGAAGCAUUUUAUGCUGAAGUGUUUGGCCCUGAACGGGGAAACCAAGAUAACCAGCCACGGACAGAGAAAGCUCACAGAAAAAUAGUGGGAAAGGGAAGGCAGCAGGCAGGUAGUCCCGUUUUUUUUUUCUGCACAACAAUGAGGGCUAAGAACCUUGAUUUUUAUUUUUAUUUUUAAAAAGAGAGCAACCAACCAGCCAAACUGUGGAGCCCAAAGAGGUGCUGAAUUCUACAAAUGCAUGGAAUAAUUAUGUAUACUUGCCCUGAUUUCCUUCUCUGUUGCCAGUUUGAGGAUCUUUCAGUUUUUAUAAUCCCUUGUUGUUCUCCAGCUUUUUCUGUUAUAUAGACCGUUGCGAACAGGGCAAAACCUUGUUGCUGGUUUGCAGAGGCUCACAGCCCGCCUCGCAAGGGAUGCAUCACCCUUCGCGAUUUAACCCAGUACUCUUAACUGCUGGAGAAACUGACAUGGGAGGUGGGGCAGCUAGCCCCUAAAGCAUCGCUGACUUCCAUCUAGUUGCGUUUGUUUUGUUCCUUUUCCCUUGGAAUGCACUAGAGGGGAAAGUCUUAAAUCAGGAAACUCUUUUUUUUGGCUAAUGCUGGCAUGCUCAUACGGUUUGUCCCUUAGACCUGUCGUUUUUCUCUUUCUUCCUUGUGCCAAGUUCAGUGUUCGAAACAUGCAUGGUUCUGCCAGACAGUGUCGCAGGCGAGGAAACCGCUUUUCCGAUUUUGUGUGCAUUUUCAUUCAGUUGAAAGGUGAAGUCUUUAAAAUCCCCAAAACGCCCUGGGGUCCCCCCUUAAACCCUGAUGGGUUCGUCCAUGUUUUAAAAAUGAAAACACAGUGCACUACAUUUUUGGAGAAUGUAUUAUAUACACGACACUUUACUAUGUAAUAAAACACACACAGAGAGAAAAAGGAAACACAACCAAAAACAAAACAAAAAAUUAACAAAUUUAAUUGUGCAAACUUUGUUGUACCUGUUUAUUAUAAUGUUUCUGCAUAAUAGUAUUUUAUGAAUAUUGUGUACUGCCUUAUUUUUGUCAGGAGCAGAAUAUUUUCUUUAUUGCUCAAGAGUUUAUUUAUCUUUUAAGUGCAACCAAUGGAUUAAAAGAAAAUACAUAUUGUCAAAA